AGCCGCAGCCGUCGGCUUCCCAGGGUGCGGAGAACUUGUGCUUGCACGGGGCUUCCUACGUCCAAUGUUUAGCCACCGAUGGGACCGAUCAGUAGGUACCAGCACUGGUUCCAAUGGGUCUGCUGUUCCGCUCCUCAUCCACUUGGACGUCAACAAGACCGUCAUCCAGUCCGACUCGAUUCAGCUGAAGAGCAUCGAGGAUGGAAUUCGCGAGGGCAUAGCCGAGCUCUUUUGGGGCGUCACGAAGAAAACUGGUGACAAGGUGACAUGGGAGUGGACAGGGGCAAAGGCAUCGUGCUCUCCCCCGACUGACGACAUCCGCAAUGUAGGCACAACUUUGCAGAAUUAUGCUCAGUAUUGCAAAGAGGCAGUGCGUGACAAGAAAGAGCGCAAGGAGGCGACAAAGUCAUUCAGCCUUCUUGAUGAUACUCCGGUCAAGAAAGAGAUGGAUAAGUUGUUGGCACUGACAAUGAAGAGAAUGCAGCUGCCCCCAGAUAUCCGGUAUUCUAACGAUGCUGCAAUAGCGGGCCUCAAAGGCCCCACGUACAGCAUGUUCCCCAGCCUUUUCCACAUGGUCGCUAACCUCCAGAAGUCAAACCGCCAGUUCGCAAUUAUCUUUCGGUCGUUCGGCAAGGACCACGAGAAGAUAAAGACAGAGUGGAAUGUGUUCUGCGAGGGGAGGCACCCCAUCUUUAAGAGGCUAACUGAUGAGACGGGGGCGAUGGACGGCACGGUGCCUGGCGUACCGGAUCGCAGAAUCCACAGUUUGCACACUCUGUACAGAGACCAGCAAGGCCCGGUCUUGAUGCUAGACACAUUCACGAACGGUCCGGACGCGAAGUCGUGGGACAGUUGGGUCAAGUCGUCGCCCCCGCCGAAAACCGACAGUCGCGACGGGCGCGAGUAUAUCCGCCGGGAGCUCAAGUGCAAGACUGUCGACGGCAUUUCGAACGUGCAGAAGUGGAUGGGCAAGCAUCUGGCCGCCCAGCAGACAACAGCGAUCAAGGACGAUUGGGCAUGGUGGCAGUGGAAGGGUGAGACGGCUGAGGCGGGCAAGUUGCUCACAUUGAUUCCCAAGAUCAAGUCGCACCAGGUGUUUUUCGACGACAACAUCGACCACAAGGACUGCAGGAUCGUAGAUUGCCGUGACGAAAAAGGCGGUGCGAUUCCGGCCAACACGGCUUUGAACAAGUAUUGCGUCAAGGUGAAUCCGGUGGAAGCCAUUCUAGAUAAUGAUUAUUUCUACCGCAAGUUGCUCCACGCGCAGGGGGACAGCCUCGAUGUGGGGGCUUCCAUGUUGGGUUUGCAGAAGCAGUUGACAGAGGUCGAAGAGGAGAAGGCCGAUUACGCCAAGCAGGUCAACGACCUCAACCACCAGCUCAAGACGCUCAUGGAAGAAAACCGACGGAUGAAACUUCAGCGAAGGAUCAACGUCCGGGAUGAGGGCGAGCUCAGCAGCCUCCUGUCGAAGUACAAGGAGGUCGACUUGUCAAUGUUCGACCAGCAGGGCUUCCGAAGCAUCUCAGAGCUCUACUUUGAGCUAGAGCAUGGCCAUUGUGGGCUCGAGACCACCGAGUCGGAUAACAUUGUCAGGGUUAUCGACAUGGUGUUCCUCAAGAUUCAUUUCAAGGACUUAAUUUUGAUCGAAACCCAUGAGCAGGACUCGCAGCAGCGAGUGCACACUCGCAACUACUUACCUGGGAUCACGGCGAACGUAAAGGAAUCGAGUGCCCAGAAGGAAUUGCAGAGUUGGCUGGAGAGCGGACUGGGGGUUAACCUGUCGAAGCUCAUAGAGGUCGAGUCGCACCCCGUGUACGUUCCCAGCGCUUCCAACCAGCUGACAGGUGCGUCGAAGUCAUACCCGAUGCAGUGUGUGAUUCAGCAGAGCCAGGGCACAUAUACCAUUCCUGAGAAGGAGGUCGACCUGAACAAGGACAUCCUGGCGAAGAUCGGACUUCCAAAUGGCAAGCACUUCACCAGUCAGGAGAGGGACCUCCACGGCGGGACCAUCACCAGGUUCUGGCGCUGGGACAAGAAGGCCACGUGGGAGGCGUCGGCGGGGCUCGCGGGAAAGGAGGGCAGGCCGCCGCUGGACGUGGCGGCAUCUUGCGACAAGGUGUUCCAGGGCAAUUCGCGCGCCAACGAGUACAAGAAGCUGCUGCUCCAGAUGUUCGAGAUCUUCGAGCCGCAGAUGCUCACGGGCGGAUUCAGCGGCUCGGUGGUGCUGCGGGUGCAGCCCUUCGAGGCGGACGGCCGCCCUGGCGAGCCGUGCAUCGUCAAGCUCGACAACGGCGAGGCCAUCCGGGAGGAGUACGUCAAUUCGGUGAACGUCUUCGAGGCCCUGCCAGACCGGGCCGCCCGCAUAUUGGGCGAGCCGGCGUACGAGAAGAACGCCGACGGGCAGGAGUUCGGGGCGAUGCGCCUGGAGCUCGCCGGCGCGUGCUGGAACGUGCCCGAGCUGGCCCAGGGCUCCGCCAAUCUCCUGUCUACCUUCAAGGAUCUCCUUAUUUACGAGAGCGAGCAGACGAUGCUCUCGGGGAGCGUGGCCGCUUCCGACGACUCGAGGCCGUUCGGGAACGUGAACAGCAUCCUGGCGGAGACGUUUGGUCCUGGCGGCGUCGUGUCUUCCCUCCGGAAGGGCGGGGCUGGACUGCGGCGAGCGGAGAAGAAGCCUCUCACCAGCAUGCAUUGGUAUUCCCUGAAGGGCAAGGCGACAGCGUUCAGCGUGUUCGAGACGGACAAGAAGACGUAUCCCCCGGGCGAUGCCAUGAAGCGGUUGUACAAGGAAUUGUUCAAGACGGAUCUGCCGAAGCUGAAGGAAAAGGUGAUCGGCGAGAUCAAGCCGACGCUCGAGAAGCUGGAGAAGGUGUCUGCCCGCGAGCUGUGGCCCCUGGUGGGCUUGGCACACGGCGAUCUGAACGCCGCCAACAUCAUGAUCGAUGCCCUCGAGGCGGUGUGGGUCAUCGAUUUUGCGACCUCCGUCGAGCUGCCCCUCUUCACGGACAUGUGCAAGUUCGAGAUGGCUUGUUUGUUCGAGUACUCCAUCAUCCCCAUCACCCCGAAGCUUCUCGUGGAGUUCACGUCGAACUCGGAGCAGCUCUGGAAUUCAAUGAACGUGAGGGACUGGCUGGGUGUCGACAAGGACGUGUGCAUGCACCUCCUCCACAAGUUCCACGGCCUGCCAUCCGAUCGGCUGAACUCUCUGAGCCAGAGCGACCUCGACGCCCUCAUCGAGGAGGCGGUGGGCAAGUGCCCGAAACCCAACAAGCAGCGGAAGUACGAGCGGUCCCUCAAGGCACGGCUCACCGCGGACGAGGCUGUCACGACCACGGCGUUCCAGUACUGCAUGAACAUCUCGGACACGCUGCUGCAGGGAGACAAGCUCGGCCAGACGCUCGAGAUCAAAGGGCUCCCCCUGCCGGACGGUCGGGGCUCCCGCGGGGCACUCGCGCUGCGCUUCUUCAUGGAGAUCUGUGUGAGCAUCCGCCGCUUCAUGGCGCAGGACAUCAUGGGCUGCCUCCGGGAGCAGAAGCAGGCGGGCGACUUGAUGGCGGUAGAUUGGCUUUCGCUUCAGAUGUGGCUCCCGAUCUUGCGAGAGUCGUUCCGCAUCGUCGGCUACAGGGACAUCGGGGAGGACAUCGCACCACAGUACAAGAUUUGGGCCAUCUACCACUGCCAGAAGGUAUCCCAGAACGUCCAGCGGAUUCUCGAGAAGAUCCAGAAGAAUCUUGGCAAGCUUCACACGACCGACAUUCUCUCGUCGCUGCUGCAGGAGCUGGAGCUCGGUAAGUCCACCAUGAGACGCGAGAAAACCGACUUGUCCAUGAUGGAGAAAUCGGAUCUGCAGCACCUGCAGACCACGUCGCACUGGGUCCGGCACUACCACAGCGCAUUCCCCCAGAACGCCCCUAACACCAGCAUUGUGCGUAGCGUGCACAAGGAGUGCGCCAUCUUCGGGUCCCAGCCCGGCUUCUUCUCGCCCGUGUGGCAGGUGGUGUCGGCCGGGAGCGAGGACGGCCAGGUCUUCAAGCUGGAGUUUUCCACCGGGGAGGCUGGCGUCCUACAGAAGCACCCGUCCGUCAGGGGGGGGCAGCAAAUGGACCUGUGCGUCGUCAUCCCCAGCCAGGGCAUCGGGUUGUCGCCGCAGCACAUUCCGAUCGGCACCGUCCACAGGGGCAAAGGCGCAGAAGACACGACCGUGGCACUGCAGAGCAGGCUGCUGCCCCUCAGCGCGGACCUCCUGAGGAUGCUCAUCUCGGACGUUUCGCCGAGCAGCCACCUGAGCUCGGCCUUCAGCCUGAAGGACUGGUCGGGCGGGGUCGUGAGCAAUAGCGGCCAGCUGCAAGGCGAUUCCAGACCGCCAGUGAUCAAGAAGAGCAGUUCGAUCAAGCUGGACGGCAGCGUCAAAUUAGAUAAGGCUGUCAGCUCCGAUGUGUUCGUGUUCCGUCCGCUCGAUGCCGUGGCCGUCGACGCCAACGGGAAGCAGAGGAUGCGAGCCCGGAUCGUCUUGGGCAUCCCGGUGUGGUGCUACCCUCCUGGCUCCAACCUCUGCGUGGACCGGUCGGCCGAGGGGCUGGAUCAGCUGCAGCAGAGCUUGCCCUCGGUGAUCGUGCAGGGGCUGGCCGAUGGCGGCCAAUACGUCCUGCGCGGAGCCCUGGACCCUGGCGGGAAGGCCGAGGCGGCUUGGGACCCCACACCUGCGAACCACACCUUCAUCAUGCCGCGACGCUACGACGUCGGCCAGUCGAUUCUGGUCACCAGGAGCGCGGACGACUUCAGCUGGGUCGACGCCACCGUGGUCGAGAGGUCUACCGAUGAGACGAACUGGCAGUACAAAAUCAAGAUGCCGUUUGCCAACGACGGUCAGCCGUCUGAGGAGUACAGGCAUCUCGACCCCAUGAGCAGUGGGAGGGUGGUCCCAGGCGUGACUGCCGAGAUGUUCGAGGAAGAGACGCACCGCUUCAAAGCGUACCUGCGUGCACGGUCGAGCCUCAUCAUCGAUUCUCUGUCCGGCGCAAGGCUCAAUGUCAAGGAGUGUGCCCCGCCCACGUUGCAGACGAAGGGCAUAAAUUUCGGGGUGAAGGCCGGGAAGGGUCUGGCCAGGGCGAUCCAGAGGAGCCUGAGCGCAACAAAUUCCAGCGGUGAGGACAAUGAGGCUGGGCCCCAGAGAGGAUGGAAGCACAUCCUCAAGGUGAUCGAGACAUUUGAGCGGGGGGAGCCGUCGUGCUCGCCCAACGCGUUCUUGAUAUUGGGCUCGCCGGGCAGCGGGAAGACCUGUAUGGUCAGCCGCCUGAUCAUGGAGCUCGUGGACAGGAACACCAAUAUCAUGCCCCUGCUCCUGUCCGUGGCAGACCUCGUUAGGCGCUCCACGCCGGACCCGGAGCUGAGCAAGCUGGACCCCAGCGUUAUCCACGAUUGGUUCGACAAGUAUUUGCGCAUCACAUUCGGAGAGGACAGCUCACGUUAUCUGAUGAUUUGCCAGGCGAUCAAGAUGAACCGAGUGAUGUUCAUUUUCGAAGGCCUCGAGGAUUCCGCAGAGCUCAAGGAGGUGAUCGAGUGCUGCAUCAAGUUGCGCAUGCAGGAGCGUCAUCUAGUUUUUGUGACCUCCAGGCCGCUCAUUGGGGGCCAGUCGACCCUCGAGGACAUCAGCGAGUGCAUGGUGGCAAUGAAGCUUGACAACCUUUCCAACGAGCAGAUCCGAAUGGUGGCGCACACACGGUUGGGGAUAUCUGGAAUUGAUGCGUUCGAUUCUCUGUUUGCGAAGUUGAACCGAAGUGGGAUGGACAGGGACAACCAGCAGUCGACCAACGGGGCCGACGGCGAGAAGCAGGAGGAGGUUUUCGGCAACCCGAUGAUGCUCAGCAUGUUGCUGUGCUACCUGCAGACCAUGCAAAAGAAAGAGGCCGAGAAGAAAGAAGCCCAGCAGCGUGGGGAGGACCACGAGGACCAGGACAGGCGGCUUGCUUGGAAGGGGCUUGUGGGCGACGUGCACGCAGCGGGCAUGUUCAGGGCCAACAUCACCUCAGUGUACCGCGUGGCCAUCGACGUCAUGCUCCAGCGUGUCCUGAGCAAGUCGCAGGCAGACCGGCACAACAAGGACGAGAAGAUGGAGGCCUUCAAGCGAAUCCUGGAGCACAUCGCACUCCACAUGACGCUGAGCGGGCAGGGAGGAGAGGCCAUGAUGGCCUCCGAGGUUGAGGGCAUCCUUCCGAAGGAGCUGGUGCAGCCCUGGGAGCCCCUCCAGAAGGCGGUCAUCGCGGGCCACGCGAUGUUCCUGCGCGCGCAGGGGGAGACCGGGAAGGAGGAGCUCCGCUUUUUGGUGAAGGACUUCCAGAACUUCUUCUCUGCGAGCGCGGUGGCGCACACGCGCAAGGACGCCCCGCAGCGCACGGUGUCCGCGAAUUCGCUGCCGGACCUCACGGAGCUCCUGACCCACCCGGCCUGGUCCAAGAUGCUGGAGAUGUUGGCCGAGGCGUGGCCGAACGAUUACGUAACCCUGAUCGAGCGUCGCUUGGAGCGUUUCCAGGCCACCGACGGCGACAGUUACCUGCACAUCGCGGCGCGCGCCGGCCACAUGCCGAUCUUCCAGCUCCUGAAGCUCUUCAACGAGCAGAACAGGAAGGCGCUGCACCAGCGGAGCCAGGACCAGCAGACUCCGCUGCACGUCGCGGCGGAGAAGGGAUACACCCGCUUGUGCUUCCUCAUGAUCGAGGCUGGCGCUGCUAUCGAUGUGGUGGACUGCAACGACUGCCUGCCAAUGCACGUGGCACUGCGCAAUGGCAAUUUUCAAACGGCCAAGAUGUUGAUGCAGAGGUGGACUGAUACAAUGACUAUCGAAUACACAAGCCGUGUGAAGAAAAACCGUGUUCAAUCAGAAUCGUUGGCCGGGAAGGUCAUGAAUCAGAUAUCAGAAGGUGAGUUCCGCAAGGCUGUAAAUGACAUCUUCGUUGAGCUUCAAUACUUUCCAGAUAAGUAUGCGCAGGAUCGGAAGAAGACGCUCGGAUCCCUGUUAGCUGUGUACUGGAUCUGCGCAAACCAGUAUGACUUGUUUGUCAGGAGCCAGGAGAAGGAUAAGUUGACGAAGCCCAGCUGGCAGGCGCUCCAAGAUUGGACCGUCAAGACGGUCGGCUUGACGAAAAACAUGAAGGCGUUGGGUGCCAUGCUGGUAUACGUGGCAAUCUCGAGUUUGGGGAAGAUCAAGCCUUUCUUGGAGACCUUCGUGCCUGACAUUGACGCCCCCGGAGAGGGCAUCACGGCCAUCUUGCAGCGGCACCCUAUCUUGGUACCGUCGUUCAUGAAGCUCGAGGACGGACUGCAGCAGACCAUUGUGGCUGCGGUCAAAGCGGAAUCUGAUUUUAACCUUGGCCAGUUUCUCCAGGCUGAGAAUUUCCCUGCGAAUCUCCUGACCGUGAAACAGAUUUCGAACCAGACCAGCGCCGGCAACAUUGAUAUCCUCGGAUUCCUUUUCUUCCGCAUCUUGGUCAUGAUGUGUGGCAUUCUUGGGUUCAAGACCAUGGAGGGGUCGAUCUUCAUGACCGACAAGCAGUACGGGAACUACAGGGUUGGUUUGGAUGUGUUGAGCCACUUGCGGUCAGAAACUGUGCAGCAGGUCUACGACCGCUUCCUGCAGGAGCGCUCGCGGCCGCAGGAGUUGGCCUUCAGUGCGUCGGACCCCGCCAAGCGUGCCCUUGUCAGACUUGCGUGCCAGACUCGUGCGUUUGACAAGAAGGUAGCGCACGAGGUCGCGGCGGCAUGGAGCGAAUUGGACGCAGAUUCGCGGAAGGCUCUGAUGGAUUUCGUCAACAGAGACGGCGUAGACCAGAAGCCAGCUUUCUUGCUGUUCAACUCACCCAACGUCCUGUGCAACUCCAGGACGAACAGCCACGUAGGGCUCGUGAACGCAAUGAAGAUGUUAUUGACAAUCUACCGCGCUGCAGAGCAGGAGUACGCCAACACUCAGGAGGCGGUAGUGACUAUAGUAUGCGAUGGUAUGGCAUCGCACACGCUUGAGGUGAAGGACACGGAGAGUUAUCAGAACACAAAUUUCGAGAUCACGAGAGCCGCGGGCAACAAGUCCGACCGCCAGGGCACUGUGCACCGGAGCCCGUGGCAGCCGAUCAGCGACCAAUCGACGUUGGACAGUCUGAGCAAAGAAGCUUUCCAGCUGGUGAACGAUACGAUGCACGCAUCUGUCCGUGAGCCUCUUUUUCUGAAGCGGCUGCCCGCGAUCUUUUUAGAGCUCAAGUACUUGACCGCAGAGGACGACCCUGCUAGCAAGAAGUAUUACAAAGAGACCUUGCUGGCACUCUUGACGACCUAUUGGGCAGUGAGCAGGCAGGAGUCUUCUUUCAACCGCAGCCAGGAGGCGGAGAAGAAGCUGACGCCUGCCUCCUGGAGAGGGAUCCAAGACCUUAUGGAGACGGCCGAGCUCCACACAAAUCAGGAUGCAGUCAACGCCGUGUUCGUGGCGAUGGCCGUGUGCAACUUGGGGAGGCUGCCUAAGCUCAAGCAGCAGUUGGCACCUGACGCAGCCGACCACAGGCAGGUGAUGGCCAGGGUCUUCGAGACAAGCCCGAAGGUGCUCCCGUCGUUCUGGCGCCUGAGCCCCCAGUACCGGCAGCUCGUACAGGAGUGUCUCACCCGGCAGUUUGAUUUCGGCAUGUUCCUGGACGCGGAGCUCAUCCCAGCAAGCUUGACAACGCUCAAGGACAUGCUUUCGAUGAACAGGGCAGGAAGUCUCACGAAGGACCAGUACCUGCACUUCUACAUGUCCACCGUCUUCAUGCAGAUGUCGGCGAUCGGCGGGCAGCAGAGCCUGGAGGGGUCCCUGCACAUGACGGAGGGCCGGUGGACCGAGUUCCAGCUCGGAAUGAACGCUCUCCUGGGCUUGGGCCAGGGCAGCGAGCAGCUGAUCUACGAGCGUUUCCUGCAGGCGGUAGUGCGCGUGGCAUGCCUCUGCGCCAUCAGAGACACAGACUCGGCGCCGCUAGUCAGGGAAGCCUUCGACGAGCUGGACACGGACGAGCGCAACGGGCUGGUCAUGCACCUGACAGCAGACGGCAUCGAUCAGAAGCCAGGAUUCAUCUUGAGCGACGCGCGGGCGUAUUUGACCGCUGCUUUGGAGAACAAGCAGGUGGGUUUGGUGCCUGCGCUGCGGAUCCUCAGCAAGGUGUACCAGCGAGUGGCCAUAGAUUUCCCCAAAAGCAACAAGAGUAUCGUUAUGAUAAACAUGGAGAAGCUUGCGAAGUUUGCCAAAUCGUUCACAGGGUCAGUCACGUUCCAGGAUCUCCCUUUUGAGAUACAACUGCACGCGGCUGCCGACACUGUGCUCGUAAUCCCGAAGGUUUGGAUCCCAGUCAAGAACCAGUCCGUUCUCGACCAGUUAAAAAAGAAGGGCAAGGAUCUUGCUGGUGACCUCAGCAGCGGAAAGCUCACAGAGAAGUCAUUCAUGUCAAGAGUCCACGCAGCGUUCCCCGAGUUGUCCUACUUGGACACCUACGCGGAGAAGAAAGACCAGACAGUGUGUGCAAUGCUCGCUGUCUUCUGGCUCGUGAGGGACCAGUAUCACUCCUUCGUCCGCGGCCAGAAGGACAAAGACGAGGACCAGGCGCUGUCGAGGCAGUCCUGGGCGUGGGUUCAGGACUGGAUGAGGAACGAGGUCAAGCUGGUGUCGGAAGAGGCCAUCGACGCGAUUCUCACGUUCAUGGCCAUCCAUGCCCUUGGCAAGAUUACCGAGUUCCGAAAAGAGCUGGCUCCCAACUUCGACAGCCAGGCGCACGACCCGGCUCUCGCCAGCAUCCUCGAAAGCCAGCCUGAGGUCGUACCCUCGUACCAGCGGCUGCCAGACAGGUACAAGAGGCUCAUCAAGGACUCGCUCAGCGUGGAUUUCAAGUUCAAUCAGUUCGUGCAAGGGGAGAACGUGGCCGGGAACCUCGUUGUGGUCAAGGAUAAAUUGCGGCCCCAUGGCGACGAAGGUUUCGCGUUUUUCUGCUUCCGGAUCUUCGUGCAGAUGUGCGGGAAGUUAGGCCCCAAGUCGAUGCAGGCCCCUUUGUCCUCCUCUUCUUCACUUCUCCCACUUCCUUUUCUCAAAAGGGCAAGAGUCAUGAUUUUGCUGCGUUCCAAGAAUUCCAGGAUUUCCUGUUGUUCCGUACGGACUCCAGGGACGAGGGCUGCCAUAUUCCAGAAUUCCUGA